AUGAGCUUCCAUUGCGGCUCUUGCAAGCGUCACUACGGCAGCCAGAAAGCUCUGCAGCAGCAUGUGCGCGACUCUCCCGUUCACGCUUUGUCGUUCGACUGUACCAGUUGUGAUCGAUCAUUCAAUAGCGGAGAGGCGCUACAGCAACACCUCCGAUAUUCAACAUUACACACUCUAACCUUUGACUGUGACGAUUGCGAUCAAUCUUUUGAUAGCGAAGAGGCUCUGAAUCAGCAUCUGCGAAACGCUCACAUCCAUCAACAGGAUAUCAACACUCCUCUAGAUGUCUUCUUCUGUUCUUUCCCAACUUUCAACUAUGACCGUUCUCUCCCACCAGCUACUUCGUACGCCAAUCUACAGAGACAUGAAAGAUGGAAACGCAACAGCACCGCGUCAGACGAUGCAUGGACGAGGUACCAAUCAGCGCUAGACAGCGAACUGCAUAUGUGGUAUGGUGCAGAGGAUGAUUUGACUGCGUGGCAUGCACUUUGCCGCGCGGUUGGUAUAGAGCCGCUUCCAAACACAUGUAAGCGGUGCGAGGAGGCGGUGCGAAGAACAUACGUCAAUAUUGUUGAUCUGAUUGAAUGGGGACGAAGCGAACGUACAGAGAAAGUUGAUACCUUUCUUGAUUUGGCAGCGCUACGAGCUUAUACGAUGGAGGAACACAAGAUAUUUGUAAACCCGUUCAAUGAUCGAAGUAGCAACGGUGUCUUAAGGCACCUUCUUCGAAAGAUCUUUCGGAAGACCUGA